AAUUUGACAUUGCGCACCCACACAGUGAGAACCCUUUUAUCAGUUCGAGUGUAGUGAUUGAAUUAUUUUGUCUAUUUUCUCAGAAAAACGCCCGUUUAAUGAAUUAAAAGAUAAAAGGAGGCUCCUGAGUGCAAUCGGUAGACCAUUGAGUGUCCAAGGAAGUUGUAUUUGCUGAAAAGUUUAGAGAAACAGGCACUUCAAAGGAUUUUUCAGUGAGUAAUUGAGGGCAGAGCCAAAAAGGGCGAGUCUCCGGAAAUGAUGGCCCGUCAAUUGAAUCCGAAUCAACAGAAAAUCACUGAGAAACUGAUUAUUCUCAAUGAUCGCGGUGUGGGAAUUCUCACACGUAUCUACAACAUCAAGAAGGCAUGUGGGGACACAAAAUCCAAGCCGGGCUUCCUGUCGGACAAAUCCCUGGAGUCCUCCAUAAAGUUCAUCGUGAAGCGAUUUCCCAAUAUCGAUGUCAAGGGAUUAGCUGCAAUCACCAACAUCAAGGCAGAAGUCAUAAAGUCCCUCUCCCUCUACUACUAUACUUUUGUGGACCUGCUGGACUUCAAGGAUCACGUGUGUGAGCUUCUGACCACGAUGGAUGCCUGCCAAAUCCAUCUGGAUCUCACGGUUAAUUUUGAGCUGACACGCAACUAUUUGGAUCUGGUGACCACCUACGUGUCGCUGAUGAUUCUGUUGUCGCGCGUGGAGGACCGGAAGGCAGUGCUGGGGCUAUUCAAUGCAGCCUACGAGAUGCAGCACAACAGCAGUGACGCAAGUUUUCCGCGUCUCGGUCAGAUGAUCAUCGAAUACGACGUGCCCAUCAAGAAGCUCUCGGAGGAGUUCAUUCCGCAUCACAGACUCCUCUCAUCGGCACUCAUCUCGCUCACCAAGGUGUAUCCCAUGAGGAAUUUGCCAGUAGAAAAAUGGCGUGAGAUGCAAACACUUAGUCUCGUGGGGAAUCCAGCGAUGUUACUGAAACCCUCAAAGACCGACACAAUGUCGUGUGAAUACGUUCCAUUGGAAACUAUGGAUCGUUGGAUAAUCUUUGGUCUGAUGUUGAAUCAUCAGUUGCUGGGCAAUACUCAGCCCGUGAUGCAGAUCUGGACGGCGGCGCUGGAGCAGAGUUGGGUGAUUGCUCUGUUCCGGGACGAAGUUAUUCACAUCCAUCAGUAUAUUCAGGCGGGUUUUGAUGGGCUCAAGGGGUACAAUAAGCGUAUCUCUGAGGUGAAAGAGUGCUACAAUCAAGCCAUUCAGAAGGCUUCAUUUGUGCAUCGGGAACGUCGGAAGUAUCUGAGGACGGCAUUGAAAGAAUUAGCAUUGAUUCUCACGGAUCAGCCGGGUUUGCUGGGUCCCAAGGCACUGUUGAUCUUCAUUGGGUUGUCCUUUGCACGGGAUGAGGUACUUUGGCUGCUGCGGCAUAAUGAUAAUCCGCCAAUUGUGAAGGGGAAAGGCAAGACAACGGAAGAUCUUGUUGAUCGACAAUUGCCGGAAUUGUUGUUUCACAUGGAGGAAUUGAGGGCGCUAGUGAGGAAGUACAGUCAGGUGAUGCAGAGAUUUUAUGUGCAAUAUCUCUCAGGAUAUGAUUCCAUUGACCUCAAUCUCAAGAUGCAGCAUCUGCAGAUGUGUCCAGAAGAUGAAAGUCUCAUUCUCUCAUCCCUCUACAACUGUUCAUCCAGUUUGAAUGUGAAGCAAGUUGAGGAGAAUGAAACUUUUGACUUUAGAGCUUUUCGGCUCGAUUGGUUCCGUCUGCAGACGUACAUGAGUGUGGCCAAAUCGCCCAUUAGGAUCAUGGAUCAUGUCAAUCUGGCUAAUCUUCUUGACUCAAUGGUCUUCCACACGAAGAUGGUCGAUAAUCUCGAUGAGAUUCUCGUGGAGACAUCGGAUCUCUCCAUUUUUUGCUUCUACAGCAAAAUGUUUGAGGAUCAAUUUCACAUGUGUCUGGAAUUUCCAGCUCAGAAUCGCUACAUCAUUGCAUUUCCGCUGAUCUGCAGUCACUUCCAGAAUUGCACCCAUGAGAUGUGCCCAGAGGAGAGGCAUCAUAUUCGUGAGAGGUCACUGAGUGUGGUGAACAUGUUUCUCGAUGAGAUGGCCAAGGAGGCAAAGAAUAUCAUCACGACGAUCUGCGAUGAGCAGUGCACAAUGGCGGAUUCUCUGCUGCCCAAGCACUGUGCAAAGAUCCUGUCAGCAUCAGCCAGUCGCAAGAAGAAGGAUAAGGUGAAGAAGCACAUGGAUGACAUGCGCAAACCAGGUGAUGAAAGUCACCGUCGAACUCGUGAGGACCUCACGACCAUGGAUAAGCUCCAUAUGGCUCUGACUGAGCUAUGCUUUGCUAUCAAUUACUGCCCUACUGUCAAUGUCUGGGAGUAUGCUUUUGCUCCGCGCGAGUAUCUCUGUCAGCAUCUCGAAAAUCGUUUCUCUCGAGCUCUGGUCGGAAUGGUAAUGUACAAUCCCGACACGAUGGAAAUUGCCAAGCCCAGUGAACUUUUGGCCUCUGUCAGGGCGUACAUGAAUGUCCUGCAGACUGUGGAGAACUAUGUUCACAUUGACAUCACGAGAGUGUUCAACAACUGCCUCUUGCAGCAGACUCAAGUCAAUGAUAGCCAUGGAGAAAAGACAGUGGCGUCACUGUACAAAACCUGGUACUCUGACGUGUUGCUUAGGAGAGUUUCUGGGGGCAAUAUUGUCUUUUCGGUAAAUCAGAGGGCUUUUGUUAGCAUAACUCCUGAAGGAUGCAUCCCUUUCAAUCCAGAGGAGUUCAGCGAUAUCAAUGAAUUGAGAGCAUUGGCGGAGUUGAUUGGUCCUUAUGGGAUCAAGCUGCUGAAUGAAACUUUAAUGUGGCACAUUGCCAAUCAGGUGCAGGAGCUCAAGAGAAUGGUGUUGAUGAACAAAGAGACCCUAAGUACACUCAGAACUAGCUUUGACAAGCCUGAAGUCAUGAAAGAACAAUUCAAACGACUACAACAAGUUGAUAAUGUUCUGCAGCGCAUGACAAUUAUUGGGGUGAUUUUGAGCUUCCGUCAAUUGGCUCAGGAAGCCCUCCUGGAUACGCUUGGCCAGAGGAUUCCCUUCCUCGUGAGCAGCGUUAAGGAUUUCCAGGAACAUCUUCCUGGUGGGGAUCCCAUCAAAGUUGUCUCGGAAAUGGCAUCAGCAGCUGGUUUGGCUUGCAAAGUGGAUCCUAUUCUAGCAUCAGCUUUGCGCUCUCAGAAGCCCGAAGUUGACGAUGGAGAACAUUUAAUUGCCUGUUUGCUGAUGGUUUUUGUAGCAGUGUCCAUCCCAAAACUUGCGCGAAAUGAGAAUUCUUUCUAUCGGGCGUCUCUUGAAGCACAUGCCAACAAUACUCAUUGCAUGGCAUUGGCAGUGAACAAUAUUUUUGGGGCAAUGUUCACAAUCUGUGGACAAAAUGACAUUGAGGAUCGCAUGAAAGAAUUUCUGGCACUGAGCAGUUCAUCUCUGUUACGCCUGGGCCAGGAGAGUGACAAGGAAGCGACGAAAAAUAGGGAAUCUGUCUACUUGCUUCUCGAUCAGAUCGUCAAAGAAUCACCUUUCCUCACAAUGGAUCUCCUUGAAUCAUGCUUCCCCUAUGUCCUCAUCCGCAAUGCGUAUCAUGCUGUUUAUAAGCAGGAGCAGGCACUCUUCAACUAAAGGUAAGUGUCCUCCGAUCCCAUUUUCACUUUCCUUAUUACAAGUAUUUAACUGGAGGCUUUCUGGGAGUAAUGAUUAAGUAUAAAAGUGAGCUAAAGAUGAACACAAAUUUUACUUUCAAGAGUAUUCCACAGGAGAUAAUCCUUCUGCAUUAUUGAACGGAGAAGGAAACCCAAUUAUUAAAUUAGUAUGAGAUUAUCAAAAAGUCUCCCAUAAAAUAAUUGCAUUUUUAAUCAUAACUCUAUUAUUUAUCCAAUAAAUAAUUUUCUAUAAUCAA